ACCUUCUGCACCAAAACCUCGUCUGAUCAUCACCACGGCAGCACGCCUUAGCUCGCUGCUUCAAGUGGAGAAUCAUAUCAUUCCAAAUGCAGACAUUCAGCGUGAUGACCUACAAGAUGAAUUUUGUUGAUGUCGACGGCCGGAAUCCGGAGAAAUGGUCCAAUGCAGCUUUGAUGGCUGCAAGCAAUGGAUACAGUUUCAUUUUGAAUGUGUUGGUUCGCUUGGUGCUCCUGAGGCAGAUUGCUUCUGCAGUGUCAUGUGCAACAGUGGCACCAGCUCUCAGAAGAAGACGAAAUGAUUUUUUUAAAUCUAAAAGUCAUAUAUGUUCGUCUGUACGAUGCCUCAGAUGUUCGGCAAUACAUGUUCGCCGCUCGUCCGGUAUAAGGUGGCCUCAUGUACACUUUUUCCCGAGCAGAAUUCUCGUGCUACGUGUCCUUCCAAUAUCUUAAGUACAAAAUAUCCACUUAUCUGAUCAAUUCGCUCUUCAUCCCAGUUCUUGAGUUGCUCGUCAUCUGCUAUUAGUAGACCAUGUUGACAAUCCCCAAUGUUACUUGGUUGGACCUACUAUGUCUUACUGGUGUCGGAAUCUAUCUGGUAAAGCAGGUGAACGUCAAGAAGAAUCCUGCACCAUAUCCACCUGGUCCCCGGGGAUGGCCUCUCAUUGACAAUAUUUUAGAUAUGCCUCGCAUCAAGCCCUGGCUCACAUUUACUGAGUGGGGUCAGAAGUAUG